AUGAGCUCCCCCGACGAGCUGGCGAGGGACACGCCUCCGCCCUACAAACGGCGAAGAACCGGCGACACGCCAUCGUCAGGCUCCAGCUCUCCCGAUGUGCUGGCCGGGAAUCCAGACGACUUUCUGCCUCCCAGGCGAUUGUCGCAGCGCGGCGGAGGCUUGAGCAAAAGUCCAACCAAAACGCCAAAAUAUCUCGGCGACUUCUCUCGCUCACAGUCGCUUUCGCGGCCCCUCUCAGAAUCUGUUCGCCGAUCACGAUCAGCUUCCAGUUCCGAGUCUAGAACGCGCUCACAAACACCCGUACAUUCGUCGCCAUCUCCAACAAGAUCUCCUCGCUCUCGACCGCGCUCGCAGUCCCCCACGUCCUCAAAUCAAUCAAGAUCAGACUCCUUUUCUCCAGAACCGCAACAGCCCACUCCCACACCUCCACGAGAACCUUUCAAGCCCAAUUACAAAGCUCGACUAGCCCUCCAUGGACACACCAAACCAGUCUCGCAAGUGCGCAUAUCCCCCAAUGGCCGCUUCAUCGCCUCUGCCUCUGCCGACGCGACGGUCAAGAUCUGGGAUGCCGCUACGGGAGCUCAUAUGGACACAUUGGUUGGCCACAUGGCCGGCGUGAGCUGCGUGGCAUGGACGCCAGAUAGCAACACGCUGGCAAGUGGCUCGGACGACAAGGCGAUUCGGCUCUGGGAUCGAGUGACAGGGCGGCCGAAGACAACAGCGCGGAAAUCUGCAGGCCAAGAGAUGGCGCCGUUGAGAGGACAUCACAAUUACAUCCACUGCUUGGCUUUUUCGCCAAAGGGCAAUAUCCUGGCCAGUGGAUCCUACGAUGAAGCCGUUUUUCUUUGGGACGUACGUGCAGGAAGGUUAAUGAGAAGUCUUCCCGCCCACAGCGACCCGGUUGCAGGUAUCGACUUUUGCUGUGAUGGUACUUUGGUUGUGAGCUGCUCCACAGACGGAUUGAUCCGUGUAUGGGACACCUCGACCGGCCAAUGCUUGCGAACUCUUGUCCACGAAGACAACCCCGCCGUGAGCAACGUUUGCUUCUCUCCCAACGGCCGCUUCGUCCUUGCUUUCAACCUCGAUAACUGCAUCCGCCUAUGGGACUAUGUUUCUGGAAGUGUCAAAAAGACGUAUCAAGGCCAUCGCAAUGAGAAAUUCUCCAUCGGCGGCUGUUUUGCCAUCCUCAACGGCGAAGCGUUCGUUGCCUCUGCGAGCGAAGAUGGAGAUGUCAUACUCUGGGAUGUCAAGAGCAAGGAGGUGCUUCAGAGAGUACAGGGUCACAAGGGGAUUUGUUUCUGGGUGGACGUCAACGGCGAGACGAUGGUGACCGGAGGACAAGACGGCUCAAUCAGAGUUUAUCGGCAUAUAGGGCCCUCUGAGGGAGUGAAUGGACAUGGGACAAGGAGUCACUCCAAGACCCCGAAUCCGGUCAUGCUGCAGGGAGAGCUGCCAAUUCGACAAGAAGAUGUCAAGCUGGAAGAGGCUUUGAGUUGA